CGUCAAGAUGUAGAAGGCAACACAGAAAAGAAAUAAAUAAAACCAACCUGGGCUUGCAAUAACCUGUGAAAAUGUUCAGCCGGCUAGUUUGUAUCAGCGAUUAUGAACAACAUGCUAAGUCAAUUCUUCAGAAGUCUAUAUAUGACUAUUACAGGUCUGGAGCAAACGACCAGGAAACCCUGGCUGAUAAUAUGGCGGCAUUUUCUAGAUGGAAGCUGUAUCCACGGAUGCUCCGGAAUGUUGCUGAGAUAGACCUGUCGACUUCUGUUUUAGGACAAUGGGUCAGCAUGCCAAUAUGUGUGGGGGCUACGGCCAUGCAGUGCAUGGCUCAUGUGGAUGGGGAGCUUGCAACUGUGCAAGCCUGCAGGUCCCUGGGGACCGGCAUGAUGCUGAGUUCCUGGGCCACCUCCUCCAUUGAAGAGGUGGCAGAGGCCGGUGGCGAGGCGCUUCGCUGGCUGCAGCUGUACAUCUACAAGGACCGUGAAGUCACCAAGCAGCUCGUGCGGCGGGCCGAGCGGAUGGGCUACAAGGCCAUAUUUGUGACAGUGGACACCCCUUAUCUGGGCAACCGCUUUGACGACGUGCGAAACAGGUUCAAGCUGCCACCACAACUCAGGAUGAAAAAUUUUGAAAGCAAUGAUUUAGCAUUUUCUCCAAAGGAAAACUUUGGCGACAACAGUGGACUUGCUGCAUACGUGGCAAAAGCUAUAGACCCAUCCAUCAGCUGGGAGGACAUUAAAUGGCUGAGGGGGCUGACAUCGCUGCCAAUUGUUGCCAAAGGAAUUUUGAGAGGAGAUGAUGCCAGGGAGGCAGUUAAACAUGGUUUGGAUGGGAUCUUGGUGUCGAAUCAUGGAGCUCGACAACUUGAUGGGGUGCCAGCCACUAUUGAUGCUCUGCCCGAAAUCGUGGAGGCCGUUGAAGGGAAAGUGGAAGUCUUCCUGGACGGGGGUGUCCGGAAAGGCACUGAUGUUCUGAAAGCUCUGGCCCUGGGAGCCAAGGCUGUGUUUGUGGGGAGACCAAUCAUUUGGGGUUUGGCUUCCCAGGGAGAGAAAGGUGUUCAAGAUGUCCUUGAGAUACUAAAGGAAGAAUUCCGGUUGGCCAUGGCUCUGAGUGGGUGCCAGAAUGUGAAAGCCAUCGACAAGACAUUGGUGAGGAAAAAUCCUUUGGCCCUUUCCAAGAUCUGACAGUGCACAAUAUUUUCCCAUCUG